AUGGAGGAUGAUUUAUUUGAUUUUGUUGAAAAAACAGUAGGUAAUAAUGUAACAACUGAAGCAAAAGAAAAAGAAGGUUUAAGAGAACAAUGUGUAGAAGGAGAAAAUAACAAAGAUAUGUUCAAGGAUAUUCCACAAGAUAAGGUUCAGGAAAUGGCAACAAGAGUAACAGCAAUAAAAGAAACUAUAAUGAAACACAUAAAAGAACUAGAAGAUGAGAAUAUGCGAUUGAAGGGAGAAUUAAAUGAGGCAAUUGCAACAUCUUGUCCAUCCUGUAAUCAUAUAAAUGGUGAAUACCCAAAAAAUGAAAAACAGGUAGAAGGUUUCAUUUAUGUUGAUGGAAAAACAUUGCGAUUGAAGUUUGGUGAUUCUAAUGAAAUGAAAACAUAUUAUUAUAAUAAUAAACUGCAUUUGUUUGACGAAUCGACUUAG